AUGGCGGCUCUGCUGGUGCUGGUGACAGCCGCGGCCGCCGCCAGCCUGGGCGAUCUAGCGAGACGGGACACCGGCGACAUUUUCACACUUAUUGGCAGUGAAUGUGGCGCGGAGCAGUGCGCGGAGCACGGUGCGCGCGCAGCGGUCCGCGAUGCGGUCACCGGCGGAUGCGCUUGCGCGUGUCCGCAACGAGCGCCUCUCUUUCGGGAAGAUCGCGAACUAUGCGUCGAUGAUUUACCAGAGUGUUCGUUGGCGACUUUCGGCACAGGCAACAGCGUACAGAGAAUCCCGUUUGUUUACUUACCGCUAAAAGGACAAAUCAUUCACCCAUCCCGCGAAAUUACCUUUCAAAAUGUCAAGACUCCAGUGUGUGCUGUUUCCGGAGCGCAGUUUCUGACUCGUAAAGGCUUCUUCGAUCUACGUAAUACGCUUGACGCUGACGUGCCAUUUAGUUUAUUUAGAGAUGAAGGCCGCACAUUUCUGCAGUGGAGUGGCGAAGAUGAUGUGCGAAAGCGAAUGUCUGGUCGAGUUAUGGUGGUACGUCUCUUGUGUCGAGACAUCUCGGCUACUCCCACAUCACCCUUGGACUUGAGAGGAGUAUUCACACCUUGCGUUGCUUUUCGCGUACAGGGUACGCCACCAAGACAAGCUAGCAACAUUACAGAAGUACAGUUCGCUUCAAACGCACACACAUUUGAAUCUUCUGGAUCGUCUGGUCUAACAGUUACAGAAUACAUUGUAAUUGGUAUUAGUUCCUUACUUCUCGGUCUCAUAUACGUGGCUUCUGUUUUUCUCUACUUACAUAUUAAAAGACGCCGAAAAGCAUCCGCGAAAAACAGUAAUUUACAAAAACUUAAAGCAUUAAAAAAUAAAGAUGUAGCGACUAUAAUAGAAAAUGAUAUAAUAAGGAUAAGUAAUGAACGCGUUCAAAUAUUGCCAAGUGUUAUGAAUCAAAAUGAAGGGGUCAUCAAAAAGAAUCCAUUGCUAACAGUCGGAAGACAGUUUCAUGAUAAUAAAGGUUUUUCCAGUGAUUUUUCUGAUUCCGAAGAAUUUGUAGACAGCAGUUUACAGAGCGAAGAAAAUGCCUUCAACAAACAGACAACAUCUGUGAUGGUGCAUAAACAUUCAAAUGAAAUAAGACAACAAGGUGAUGGCUACGAAAUAAAUCAUAGAGACGAACCAAGCAUUGAAAGAUUACCGGAUGAACACGUUUCUAUAGUAGAGACAAUAGAUGACCGUGAGAUCGCUAGACCAGUGGGAACAACGCGACGCAAACUUUAUUUUAACCCAGCUUACUUCGAACCUCAUUUGAUGCAUGAUCCUCCCGCUGCCGCGAUUGAAUUCCUUUCAAAAAUCAGAGAAGUUAUUGCAAUAGCAAAGCAAAAAAUGGCAGCUAAACGGUUCCAUCCAGUGUUGAAUCAAAUACCGGAAGAAGAAACAUUCCCUUCAAAUGGAAACAGUAUCAAUUACUAUAAUGGCCUGGGAAGUCAGCGUAGCGACAGUGUAGUUAGUCUUAAAAGAGAAAAUAGUAGAAAAAGACCUAACUGUUUGGGUUGCCCGGGGUGUAAAUCAAACCGAAACAGUGAUAUCAAAAGCGUUGUUAAAUACAAUGUUAUCACUUGCUCUAACUGCCUUGGAGACAAAGGUGACAAGCAACACAGCAUCCAAAAAUGGUUGGAAAAUAUUCCCAAUACAAAACAACAAGUGUUUUACAACAACUUAUCUGAACAAAGUCAACAAAAUGUGGUUAAUCCCCAAUCACCGUUAUUAAAUAAUGAAAAUCAUUGUAAACUACACAAAAACAACAGUUUCUCCUAUAAUAAACAACUAGCAAAUAAUAUUUUAGCACAACGAAGGUCUACAACUAGAUCAGUAAGAUCAGAACCAUCGGUUAGAAACUACAACAUACCUCUACCUGACUUUAGCGGUCUUGAAUCUAACACUAAUCAAUGCGAAAUAGCUACACGACCUGUUAAUAUUCGUGAAUACCGAUCUGGAAGUCUAGACAAUAGUUCCGAAAGUAUUAGACGAAGCAGAAAUGCAUUGAAAAAUAAAAAUGCAUUACCCGAUAUGGUCAAUGAAGCAAUAGCUCUUGAUAACUUUUCGCGAUCUUCAUAUAACCCUAGUAGUUCUGAUGAGGAAAAGUUGUCUAAGAAUAUAGACCCGAAAGUAGAAGAUUAUUCGAGAAACAUUUCAGAAAGUCCGCCCGGUAAUGACUAUGAAACAGAUAGUCUAGAAAGAAAUUUACACAAAAAACGAAAGACAACACCAAUCGAUUAUCCUGAUAUUCCGUCAUCACAAGCAAGUCCUAGUUUAAGUACUGCCUUGCCGUUAGAAGAGGAACUUACAAUGAGAAACGCUAUUUAUAAGCCAAACUCCAGUGGUAACAGCCUGACUCCAUCGCCGGAACGCAAUUUUAGUGUAGAUGAUGACCAUUACGAAAUUAUAGAUGUAAAUAAAACAAAUUUACAAAGUGAAUCUACCACUAAUUCAAAUCUGAAGAGCAAUAACAGUUACAGUUUAGUUAGCGAAGUAUACGUAAACAAUAGUUACAAUUUUGAUAGUACGCCUACAUCACCGUCUGGUUCUGAAUGUUCUAUGGGCAGUAGAAAAUUAAUUGCAUUAGAUAGUAUAGAAGAAAAACCGGGGUGUUUGACGAUAGAAGUAAAAGAUCCACCGGAAAACUAUAUAAAAAUUCAUGAAUCUGAUGGAUUUGAGCCAGACACUUUGGAUCGAAAGCAUCCUAAGCAUAAAGUGAUAGUAGAAACUAUUCAAUUCAGUCGAAGAGAAAUUUUGCAAAAUAUAGAAAGCACUGAGCACAAAAGUCAACGAAUACAACUUAAAAGUAGUGGUACCUUUGCUAAAUGUAACAACAAGAUUGAAUCGAUAAAUAAAUUUAAUAGCUUGAGAAAUGAUUAUGAGUGUCAAAAACAACAUUUGAACAGACCUAAAUUAUCUUCUGAUAUUUAUAGCGGGUCAAAAUCUCUGGAAGAAACGACUGAUGACAACUGGGAUGAUAAUAACGGAUGGUCUUCUGAAGACGGUCGUUUAUUAACACUCGAACUGAGACAUUCUAAAAGGCAACGACAAAUUACCCCACCCACUAUAAAACAGCUUAAGCGUUUAGCACGACCAGAUAUAUUACCUCCUUUGCCGCCAACAGAGGACAAUUCCAUAUACGAAAAACCAACAAAUCCACCAAGACGACUUAAAAGUGAUAACAUAAGUAUAGAAAAAGUAAUUAAUUGUGGGAAUAGUAGUCCAAGAAAAUUUAGGACAUAUGCAAAGGAGUCUGAUAUUUGUGGCACUUUUUCCCUUUGUAGCACAGCUUCUGUACCUUCUUGUAGUCCUAUAAGAGGAACAAAUCACUCUCAAUACGCAGAAUACGAAGACGUUAACAUUGUGAGAAACUCACAAAGCGAAACUAAAUAUGACAGUAUUAGAAACUGUAUAAGAACAUCAAGUUGUCGAAGCAGUAGCAUUAAUACCAACACUUUUACCAGGGGACAAAAAACUGAACACAGAACAAAAUUUCGUCGCAAAAAGGGUCUCAAUAUUGAGGAUUCAGGCUACCUCAGUAGUGACUCUACAAGUUCAAAGCAGGUGCAACGAAAACUUGUAAUUGCUAAAAUAGCGAGUUGUAGUGAAAGUGAUGGUACAGAAGAUGAAGCCAGAAGUGAAUCUGGCGCCGAAAGUGUAGAGACACAUUCAGUGUAUUUUGGUAAUUGUCAAAAACAACAAAAUGACGAAAGCCGGUCCGAAAAUUCUUCGGCUAAAUUGACAAGGGACAGUAAAAGAAAUAUAAAAGUGAAAAGUGAAUGUAGCCAGUAG